AUGGGAGUGGUGAGCUCAAGGGUGUGGUCUGUUUGCAACAUUAAACAUCAAUACCUGGGGAUCAGAAGUGAACCCAGCACAUCUUUAAAUGAAAGGAACCAGAAGAAGCUACUUCUUAUAGCUAUGUCUGCUCUGACCAGUGUAUCUCAGGGAGUGUUAUUGAAUCACACCUUAGUCACUGAAUUUCUCCUCUUGGGAGUGACAGACAUAGAAGAAUUGAACCCUUUUCUCUUUGUCACAUUCCUUACCAUGUACUUUGUCAAUGUGGCUGGGAAUGGAGCCAUCCUGACGAUCGUCAUCUUGGAUCCAAGACUCCACUCACCUAUGUAUUUCUUCCUGGGGAACCUAGCCUGCCUAGACAUCUGCUACUCCACCGUGACAGUGCCGAAGAUGCUGGAGAACUUCCUCUCCACAAGCAAAGCAAUUUCCUUCCUGGGGUGCAUAACCCAGCUGCAUUUCUUCCACUUUCUGGGUAGCACAGAGGCCCUGCUGCUGGCAGUAAUGGCAUUUGAUCGCUUCAUGGCAAUCUGCAAACCACUCCAUUAUCCCUUCAUCAUGAAUCGUCAAGUCUGUAUCCAGAUGGCUUUCACCAUUUGGGCAAUUCCUUUUCUCCACGCUCUUCUGCACUCCAUAAUGACAUCUCGUUUGAACUUUUGUGGUUCCAACCAUAUCCAUCAUUUCUUCUGUGAUGUCAAGCCAUUACUGGAGUUGGCCUGUGGAAAUACUGAACUCAACAGGUGGCUGCUUAAUACUCUCACCGGGACCAUUGCCAUUGGUCUCUUCUUUCUGACGUUUCUCUCCUAUUUCUACAUUAUCACCCACCUGUUUCUCAAGACCCGUUCUUGCAGCAUGCUCCACAAGGCACUGUCCACCUGUGCCUCUCACUUCAUGGUUGUUGUUAUUUUCUAUGCUCCUGUUCUCUACAUCUAUAUCAGUCCUGCUUCAGGCAGCUCCCUGGAAGAGGAUAGGAUUAUUGCCGUCAUGUACACUGUGGUCACUCCUGCACUCAAUCCACUUAUAUAUACUCUAAGGAACAAGGAAGUGAGGGGUGCUUUUAAUAGGAAAAUCAGAAUACAGCUUUGA